AUGCAAGAAACAGUACACGGGGAUUUCAGAAUCUACAUCGUGUUGACCUUUUUCUUUGUCAGCGUUGUCACCGGAGGCGUCUUCUUAUGUCUUUAUAUGUUCCAACCCGAGGAGCAAUCCACGCCCUGGUAUUCAGUCGUUGGGAUAGUUCUUGUAGGCAUUCCUUGGAUCUUUUGGAUUGCUACUUACAUAUACAGAUGCAUUGCACAUUGCUUUUGUGCGACCAAUGGAGGACAUGUUGACAGGGAACAUAGCAGCUUAACGAAGAAAAAGUCUCGUGCUUCUGAAGGACAUGCAGGAAGAUCGAUCCAUUUGUUGGAAAAUGGAGGCUCUCCAUCAGGAACACCUGAUGGUGAUCAACAUCAUGUUCAUUUCGGGGAUGUUGUCAUGGAAGCGCAACAAUCUUCCAACGGAUUUGCUUCGGACGAAGAUCAUAUUGCCGCUGCAUCUAUGAAAGUCAAAGAACCGUUACCCUGA